GUGCAACAUCCAAAUGAGCCCCCAGUGCAGCUACAUGGUUCCUAGUAGGAGACGUUGAAUCGGCCCUCACGGUAAAAACCAAAACGGUCCAAUGACGCCAUCUUCUGGAAAAUUCAAACUUAAUUAUUUUCUUUUCCAAUUUACUUCUGACAAACAGGUUUGUAAAUGUAGCUUUUGUGUUUAAAGAAGACGACCGGACCGUUAGAUAACCUUAGUAUAGUAAAAUGGCGAAACGGUUCUUUUGUUCUCCAAGUGAAAAUACAAGUUUCAAGUUUCGCGAAAUUUCGUUUGACCUUCUCACAGAUUUUCUUGUUAAUCUCAACAAAAGAAACAAAGACAACCUCAACAGUUUAUCAAAAUGUAGCGGGAGCUUCAAAGACAGAAGACUAACGGAAUACAUCCUCCUGAUAACUAGAGAGCUGAGACUUGAUCCGCUGGCUGGAUACCAUGCCAUUGAGUUACUUCAAAGGUUCAUGGUCAAGCACCUUACAGAUCUACUGACCACACCCACACCUCAAGGUGCAGCCGCUGAUCAACGAGGAAGUUAUGAGGAUGCUGUGUUUGACAAGCUCAAGGAGAAAUUCCCUCUCAUUGUUUUCUCCUGUGUGCAGCUGGCAAGCAAACUGUCUUUGCACAGUCAUAUAAUCGACAACAACACUGCUGUGUGCUUUCUGCAUUCAGUCGGUCACAGUGUUACCAAGCAGACUGUCUUGGAAUCAGAGCUGAUGGUCUUGAAAGGGCUUGAAUUCAAAUUAAAUGCUCCUAACCCACUGACAUAUGUGGAAAUCCUUCUGGAGGUGCUUGGUCACAAUGAGCCAUCCAUCCCUGUCGAGCGCCUCUAUCAACUGUGCCACCACGUUCUCCAGUUCGUCAGCCUUCAGAGGACUGCCAUCUACGACUCCUUGUUAGUCACCACCACUCAGUGUGUUGACCCACCCAGAGAACAGAGAGAGAAGUUUGUGACAGUGACUGAAGACUGCAUGCUUCUGGGGGUUGGUGUCAUCGCCGUGGCUGCGUUCAUCCUUUGUGUCAGAGAAUGGAAACAGGUUGUGGAAGAACUGAGCCACAUCACAGGAAUCUCACAGAGGAGCAUCAGCGAUUUUGCUCACGUGACAUUGAUGCACAUUGUUAGAACCAGUUCCCCUGUAGCAUAGACUUGAGUCCCGAGAAGUUUGACUUCUAGUAG